GCGCCCCGCUGGCCAACGCGGGGUGGGCGGGAGGUGAGUGGGGCGCUGCGGGGCGGGAGGGGAGAUGAUGAGAUAAGAUGUGAUGCGAUGAGGGGGUUCGGCUCCUAGCGGGGCUUCUCCUGGUGAGGGCGGCGUUCCCGUGCGGGGAGGCGGCGGUGGUGGCGGCCUCCGCGCUUCACGCGUGGGCUGGGCCGGGCAUCCCGGAAUCGGCGGGACCACCCGGACGGGCGGUGCGGAGGGCGGCCCCCAGAGCAGCUUCCCGCAGCGUCCUCCGCGCUUUUGGAAGGGGAACAACCUGCCUUAUCUUGCUUGCAAAAUCCUGCUCACCUGACCACUGAUUGUUGAGUCCGCAGCCGCAGGAGAAGAGAGGUCUGCAGGUGGGGCUGUGAGGAAGAUGAGUUUCCAGCUGCUUUUGCCACUGCAUCUUUUGUAAAGUUCCUGUGUUACUCAGUGUUCCUGAGCCUGCCUCCUCUCUCCCAGGAUGCUGAGAAGAGUCCUGUGUACCAUGUUGCUCAUGGGAGCCUUGCCAUCACUGGCUGAGGCGUCCCAGGGCCACAUCUCUGUGGUCUUGCUGGGAGCCACGGGGGAUUUAGCCAAGAAGUAUUUGUGGCAGGGUCUGUUCCAGCUCUACAUAGACCAAGUGAGCAGUGGCCACAGCUUCACCUUCCAUGGGGCUGCACUGACAGAUCUGGAGCCAGGGCAGAAGCUGAUGUUUGAUGUGCUGAAGAAGCUGGCCUGUCCCCCAGAUGAAUCUCCCAACAGGUGUGCUGUGCUGAAGGACCAAUUCCUGAAGCUGAGCCAAUACCACCAGCUGAAAACUUCCGAAAACUACACUGCACUGAACAGGGAGAUUGAGAUGCUGCUUCACCAGGAGGGGCUGAAGGAGGCUGGAAGGAUCUUCUAUUUCUCAGUACCACCAUUUGCCUACACAGAGAUUGCCCGCCACAUCAACAGCAGCUGCAGGCCGCCUCCGGGUGCCUGGCUGCGUGUGGUGCUGGAGAAACCUUUUGGCCAUGACCUGGAGUCAGCCCAGCAGAUGGCUGCAGAGCUGAUGAGCUUCUUCAGGGAAGAGGAGAUGUACCGGGUGGACCACUACCUUGGCAAACAGGCUGUAGCCCAUAUCUUGCCUUUUCGAGAUCAGAACCGUCAGUUUCUGGAUCCAAUUUGGAACCGACAUCAUGUGGAAAGAGUGGAGAUCGUCUUGAAGGAGAUUGUGGAUGCUAAAGGCCGCACCAGUUUCUAUGAGCAGUAUGGAGUCAUCCGGGACGUACUGCAGAACCACCUCACUGAGGCCUUGAUGUUUCUGACCAUGGAGCUCCCAGGAAACCUGAGCAAGGCUGAAGAAGUCUUGCAGUGCAAGCUGCAGGCCCUGCAGUCCUUGCGAGGCCUGGAGAAACAGAGUGUUGUGGUGGGUCAGUAUCAGGCGUAUGCCAGCCAUGUACAGGAGGAGCUGCAGAAGGGGCAGGACUAUGUCAGCACAACACCAACCUUUGCAGGUGUGCUCGUUCACAGUGACAGCCUGCGUUGGGAAGGGGUUCCUUUCCUCCUUACUUCUGGAAAAGCUCUGGAUGAACGGGUAGGUUACGUCCGUGUUCUCUUUAAGAACCGGGCCUACUGCACGCAGAGUGAGGCUUUGAGGGAUGCAGGGCACAGCCAGUGUAAACCCAAGCAGAUUGUAUUCUACAUUGGACAUGGAGCGCUCAACACCCCAGCAGUGCUGGUGAGCAGGAACCUUUUCAGGCCCAUCAUGCCAAAAAGCACUUGGAGAGAAGUUGUAGGGCAGCCAGACCUGCACGUUUUUGGACAGCUACUGUCUGAUUACUACAUGUACAGCCCUGUGAAAGAGAGAGAUGCGUAUUCUGUCCUCAUCUCCAACAUCUACCAUGGCAGGAAAGACUUCUUCAUAACUACUGAGAACUUGCUGGCCUCCUGGGCAUUCUGGACACCGCUGCUGAACAGCAUUUCCCACCAGGCCCCACGCCUCUACCCUGGUGGAGUGGAGAACCAGCACUUCUUAGACUUUGAAAUGAUGAGUGGGGAACUGGCAUUCACAGUGGCAGAGCCAGUGGAAUUGCUGAACCCCAGUGGGCCGAUGCCAAGUGAUUACAAAACAAUCCAGUCGAAGUUUCGACAGAGCCCCUUGGUCUCAGCGUGGUCCGAGGUCUUGAUUUCCCAGCUGGCUUCUGAUGUUGAGAAGACAGCAAGCAGAGCUGUGGCACGCUCUGGGCAGUUCCACCUGGCCCUCUCGGGCGGCUCAAGCCCAGUGGCCCUAUUCCAGCGGCUGGCAAGACACCAUUAUGACUUUCCGUGGAGGCACACCCACCUCUGGCUGGUGGAUGAGCGUUGUGUCCCACUCACUGACCCAGAGUCCAACUUCUUCAGCUUGCACAACCACCUCCUGCAGAACAUCAGAGUUCCGUACUUCAAUGUCCACCCCAUGCCUGUGCACCUGCACCAGCGGCUCUGUGUGGAAGAGGAUGGAGGCCCGGAGCUGUAUGCCAAGGAGAUCAUGGCCCUGGUGGCCAACGCCAGCUUUGACCUGGUGCUCCUGGGGGUGGGCACUGAUGGGCAUACUGCCUCACUGUUCCCCCACUCUGAAAAUGGACUGGAAGGGGCUCAGGCUGUGGUGCUGACUGAGAGCCCUGUGAAACCUCACCAGAGGAUGAGCCUUAGCCUGCCCCUUAUCAACAAGGCACAACAGGUGUUUGUCCUAGUUAUGGGGAAGGGCAAGCACGACAUCACCACGCAGAUCAGCAGGGUGGGCCAUGAGCCAAGAAAAUGGCCUAUCUCGGGUGUCAACCCCAGCUCAGGACAGCUGGUGUGGUACGUGGAUUAUGAAGCUCUGCUUGGAUGAUGUUCCUAGUGUCCCUUCUCCCUCAUUGUCCUGGCUUUUACAGCCUGGAUUUUCCUACACAAUGUCCAUGUUUUUCUGUUGCCAGCAGCAG